AUGGCGAUGGUGUCCCCCUCCCCCGCGCCCGGAUCGGCCGCCGCCUCUUGCUGCCUCUCGGCGUCGUCCGGCGGCCCGUUCGUGGUGAAGCGCCGGCCCUCCUUCCAGGCGGGCCUCGGCGUCGACGGUCGCGGCCGCAGGAGGUUCUGCUACCAGUCGUCUCCAUCGUCGUCUCCCCGCUGCUCGCCGCGCGCCGGGUCGACGCCGGAGUACACGCCCCUGACGCCCUCGCGGGGGCCUGCAUCUCCCGAUUACGCGGGCUGCUUCGACGGCGGCGACAGGUCGUCGCCACCUCCACGGUACGCGCCGCAUGCCGCGUUGCCGGAGUACGCGCCGCUGAGCUAUGCCAGCCGCGCGGGGUCGCCGGACCCGGAGUAUUCGCCUGCCACAUCAGAGUACACGCCUGGCACCCCGGAGUACACCCCUGGCACCCCGGAGUACACGCCUGGCACGCCGGAGUACACGCCUGAGAGUCCUCCCCAGCGCGCCGCUACGCCGGAGUACACCCCCAGCACGCCGCCGGUGUCCGACGCCGAGUCGCGCGCGCCUCCAGCGCGCCGCCGCCAUCACCCGUACCAGAGGAGCCAGGCCAGCCGCGGCCGGCGCGCGGCCACACCGGAGUACACCCCAAGCACUCCGCCUCCGUCUCCGCCCGUGUCCGACGCCGAGUCUCGCACGUCUCCAGCGCGCCGCCGCCAUCAUCCGUACCAGAGGAGCCAGACCAGCUGCGGCCGGCUUCACCGUGCCUUCUCACAUCAAUAUGGAUACUAG